CCUAACGGACUCGAAGGAAUGAAAGCUCUCCGUCUUCUGUUUACAAACAUCAAGAAACACUCUCCCGCCAAGAAAUGUUCCUUUACUCCGCUCUUCACCGACGAAACCCAGUUCAUCUCUCUAAUCCAUGCCUCCAAGACCAUCAAACACCUCCAACAAAUCCACGCCCAAAUCAUUCUCCAUCAACAGUUCUCAAACACCCGACUCGUUACCCAGCUAAUUUCUUCCUCGUCUUUUAAAAACAACUUCCUCAAUUACGCCCUUUCAAUCUUCCGCCACUCAAAAACCCCUAACUUGUUUCUUUUCAACUCAUUAAUCCGCGCACUUGCUGAUAAUUCUUACUAUAUGAGCUCAAUCUCUUACUUUCUUGUCAUGUUAAGGUCGAAUAUUCGGCCCAACAGCUUAACUUUCCCAUUUGUUUUGAAAUCAACCUCAGCGUUACAAGAGGGUUGGCUUGGUAUGGAGAUUCAUACCGAGAUUUUGAAGUUAGGUUUAUUGUAUGAUCGGUUUGUUUUACUUCAUUUGGUGGAUAUGUAUGCCAAAGUUGGUUUAUUGGAUUGUGCAUCACAACUGUUCGAUGAAAGUUCUCAAUGGGGGGACGAUGCAAGAAGUACAUUGGUAUGGAAUGUGUUGAUCAAUGGGUUUUGUAAAGUAGGAAAUUGGGGUAAGGCUCUGGAAUUGUUUGAGGAAAUGCCAGAAAAAUAUGGUUCAACUUGGAGUAGUUUGAUUGACGGAUUAAUGAAAGCUGGAGAGAUCAACAGAGCAAUGGAGCUUUGGCAUUCCAUGGAGGAAAAAGAUGUGGUUUCUUGGACUACAAUGAUAGAUGGGUUUUCACAAAAUGAGCAACACGAAAAGGCAAUAUCAAUGUUUUUUGAAAUGUUGGAGGAAGGUGGGAAACCUAAUGAUCACACCAUUGUUUGUGUACUUUUAGCUUGUGCAAAGGCAGGAGCUCUUGACACAGGAGUUAGAAUACAUGACUACAUUUUGAACAAUGGGUUCACUAUAAAGAGAGGAAUCACAACUGCUUUAGUAGACAUGUAUUCAAAAUGUGGAUCUAUUGAGAAUGCAAGCUGUGUGUUUGAUAAAACAGAAGACAAAGACCUUCAUACUUGGACUGUUAUGAUAUGGGGUUGUGCCAUUAAUGGAUAUCUUCACAAGGCUCUUGAGUUUUUCAACAAAAUGAAGUCAACAGGAAUAAAGCCAGAUGGGGUUGUUUUUCUUGCUAUCCUAACAGCAUGUUCCCAUGCUGGAAAUGUAGAAAAGGGUCUUGAUUUUUAUAACAAAAUGAAAAAAGACUAUUCAAUUCCCCCCACAAUGAAACAUUAUGCAGUAAUGGUUGAUCUUUAUGGAAGAUCAGGUCGUUUAGAUGAAGCUUUAAGAUUGAUAAAAAACAUGGAAAUAGCUCCUGAUUUUGUCAUAUGGGGUGCACUUUUUAGCGCUUGUAGAGCUCACAAGAACAUAAAAAUGGCAGAAUAUGCAUCCGAGAAGCUUCUAGAACUCGAGCCUAAACAUCCCGGAAGCUAUGUGUUUCUUUCAAACGUGUAUGCAGGAGUGGACAGGUGGCAAGAUGUGGAAAAAGUGAGAUCCAAAAUGAAAAACAAAGGUGUGGUUAAAGAUCCAGGGUGGAGUUAUAUUGAAAUAAAGGGAAAAGUUACUAGUUUUGUAGCGGGUGAUUGUGGUCAUGAUCUUUCAGAUGAAAUUCAUUUGAAAUUAAAUGAGAUUGUGAAAAGUGCAAGAGAACAUGGGUACAUGCCUGAAACUGAAUGGGUGCUUCAUAACAUUGAAGAAGAAGAAAAGGAAGAUGCUUUAGGGAGUCAUAGUGAGAAAUUGGCAUUGGCAUUUGCUCUUAUUUGUAGUGGUGAUAAUGAGGUUAUUAGGAUUGUGAAAAACUUGAAAAUUUGUGGGGAUUGUCAUUCUUUGAUGAAGUAUGCGAGUAAAAUGACGGGGAGGGGUAUUGUGGUGCGUGAUAUUAAACGGUUUCAUCAUUUUAAGGAUGGGAAUUGUUCAUGUCAAGAUUAUUGGUAA